CACCUUUCGAGCAACAAAUGCUCGAUAACAUGGUCACGCUCAACCAGAGCAUUGUGAGGAUGGAGGAGCAGCGACAAGCAGACUGGCGUAGGUAUGAGGAAGACAGACGGAGAUCUGAGGAGGAUCAGCGUAGAACCUUUGGUCCGAUAUACUCAUAUAUAGCACACCAGGGCUCCUUUUCCUCUAUGACCACUCCACCUCCUGCACCAUCAUGGUAUGACCCCUCUCAGUGGGAUUUCUUUGGAGGAUCGAGCUCCGGUGGUGGAGGCUACGAUGGUGGUUAUGGCGGGGAUCACAUGGAUGAGGACGGACACCAAGGUGGAGGCUACGAUGGUGGUUAUGGCGGGGAUCACAUGGAUGAGGACGGACACCAAGGUGGAGGUCUAGGCGGACACUAGGGACAGUGUCAGAUCCUAAGUGUGGGGGUGAAGAGAUCUUCCUG